GUGUUCGCGGGUCGCGCAGAGCCAGGCCUGGCAAUCGGGGAGUAUCACGAUGCCGGAGCUGGCGGUGCAGAAGGUGGUCGUCCACCCCCUGGUGCUUCUCAGUGUAGUGGAUCACUUCAACCGAAUAGGCAAGGUUGGAAACCAGAAGCGUGUCGUUGGUGUGCUUUUGGGGUCAUGGCAAAAGAAAGUACUUGAUGUAUCUAACAGUUUUGCAGUCCCUUUCGAUGAAGAUGACAAAGAUGAUUCUGUCUGGUUUUUAGACCACGAUUAUUUAGAAAACAUGUAUGGAAUGUUUAAAAAAGUCAAUGCUAGAGAAAGAAUAGUUGGGUGGUACCACACAGGCCCUAAACUACAUAAGAAUGACAUCGCCAUCAAUGAGCUCAUGAAAAGAUACUGCCCUAACUCAGUAUUGGUCAUUAUUGAUGUCAAGCCAAAGGACUUGGGGCUGCCAACUGAAGCAUAUAUCUCAGUGGAAGAAGUUCAUGAUGAUGGAACUCCAACUUCAAAAACAUUUGAACAUGUAACCAGUGAAAUUGGAGCAGAGGAGGCUGAAGAAGUUGGAGUUGAACACUUGUUAAGAGACAUCAAAGACACGACAGUGGGCACGCUUUCCCAGCGAAUCACAAACCAAGUCCAUGGUUUGAAGGGACUGAACUCCAAGCUUCUGGACAUCAGGAGCUACCUGGAGAAAGUGGCCACAGGAAAGCUGCCCAUCAACCACCCGAUCAUCUACCAGCUGCAGGACGUCUUCAACCUGCUGCCGGACGUCAGCCUGCAGGAGUUUGUCAAGGCCUUUUACCUGAAGACCAAUGACCAGAUGGUAGUGGUAUACUUGGCCUCGCUGAUUCGUUCUGUGGUCGCCCUGCACAACCUCAUCAACAACAAGAUAGCCAACCGGGAUGCAGAGAAGAAAGAAGGACAGGAAAAAGAAGAGAGCAAAAAGGAUAGAAAAGAUGACAAAGAGAAAGACAAAGAUAAGGAAAAGAGUGAUACAAAGAAAGAAGAGAAAAAGGAGAAAAAAUGA